AUGUCAGUCAUGGAGAAAAAGGAAUUGAAAGCAACCGUCCCAACCACGAAAGGGAAGAAGCUCGAUCUGUUUCGGCUCAUCCUGAUCAUGGGACUUGGAGCUUGUUUCUUGGCCCAAGUCUGGCGACAACUUGUCAAGUUCUAUAAACGAGACACGACCUUCACGUCGACCAAGCUCUCCGUGGAUCACCUUCUACUUCCCGCCAUUUCCAUUUGCGCUUACCAAGGAUUCAAGUACGAGGAGAUGGCGAAUUUGGGCAUGACUAUUGAUCAAUGGGUCCUGGGUAAAGCUCCAGACCACAUCCCGUUCUCGGUACCUGUAGAUGAAAUGAACGAGAGGUGGCGACGAUCCACGUAUUCUGUGGAGGAGCUUGUCAAGAGCAUAAGUUUCGUGGAUCAUGAGCAGAAGCGACUGCAUUUCGAGGUUGCAGCCGUGGACACGCCAGACAUUCGGAUAGUUGAGACGAAUAACUUGGAGCAAGGUCGAUGCUACACCAUGAACCUCAUGCUCAACUACCGCAAGAAGUUCCAAUUUAUGACAGUCCGAUUCAAGAUUCCUGAGGCGGUCAAGGCCCUGAAUUUGUAUAUCCACGAUUCUGGCGAAGAGAUCAUUGGCUUGGCGGGUAAUUAUUGGGUCCAGCAGCCUUUUUCGAUCCUAAUUGAACCCGAUCACCGCUACAACUUUGAGUUGAACAAGGAGAUACAAAUCUUGGACGCUCAACGAAACUGCACCUCCCACGGUUCUAACCACCACACGAACCGGUGCAUCUUGCAGGAGAUUGUCAAAUCCGAUUGCGUCGAAUGCCAUUAUCCGUAUUAUUCCCCCUUUGAUGCCCGCAACCAAAGUCUGAAGAUCUGCGCCAAGAUCUCGGAAUUACGACAAAUUCGCAAUUGUAUCGCUAAAACCAUCGGGAGGGCUCGAGUCAAUACGUGUCACGAUUCAUGCAGUUUGACCCGCUUCGGAGUUCAAUGGAGAGCCAAUUACAUUCCGGGCACGCCCACCAACGAGACCCUGGGUUUCUUCUAUUUCAAAGAAGUCGAAGAAGAGAUCAAAGAAGAGUAUCGACUCUUCGACUUUGGCGCCAUCUUGGCCGCAGUGGGAGGCUCGAUGGGCCUCUUUCUGGGCUUCUCGUUUUUGGAUUGCGGAGUCGGUGUUCGGAAUUGGGUUCGGAGUUCGUGGAAAAAGUAAAUCCGUUCCCAAGCUCACUUACUGGGUGAUUCUAAUUUUAUUUUCAAUACUGAAGAGUAAUAAUCACAUCUCCAUAUCACUUUGCCUCCUUCAAAAUUACAUCCGGAUCACCCAAGAAACGAAUAAUUAGAAUUAUAAAGCUCUGAUCUCCA